UCGCCAUUUUCUACACAAUAAGCAAAGUAACUAGCUUCACCAGUCUGGUGUUGUUUUACAUAAGCUAUAACGAUAGGUGAGUUAUCAAUACGUUACACUAAACUUUGCACGAUAUCUAAGGAUGGAAGACGAGAGCCACCCAAAAACCCUUUACGUGGGAAACCUGUCUAGGGAUGUCACAGAGAACUUAAUUCUUCAGCUCUUCACCCAGAUCGGUCCUUGUAAAAGUUGUAAAAUGAUAACAGAGCACACAAGCAAUGACCCAUAUUGUUUUGUGGAGUUCUAUGAACACAGAGAUGCUGCAGCUGCUCUAGCAGCAAUGAAUGGGAGGAAGAUUCUAGGAAAGGAAGUCAAAGUGAAUUGGGCAACAACUCCAAGCAGUCAGAAGAAAGACACAUCCAAUCAUUUCCAUGUUUUUGUGGGAGAUCUGAGUCCUGAGAUCACUACUGAUGAUAUCAGAGCUGCAUUUGCUCCCUUUGGGAAAAUCUCAAAUGCUCAUAGGAUUGGACAGGAGCUUGAAGGCUAACAGCAAGGAACUGUGCACACUGGGAACUCAGAUCUUCCCAAACUCCAUAUUGGUGGUAAAGAAUUGACCAGGAAAAAUAAAGAAAUCUGUUAACAGGCCAUGGAUGCACGUGUGGUGAAGGAUAUGACAACAGGGAAAUCAAAGGGGUAUGGAUUUGUGUCCUUCUAUAACAAACUGGAUGCGGAGAAUGCCAUAGUACACAUGGGAGGCCAGUGGUUAGGAGGACGGCAGAUUCGAACCAACUGGGCCACUCGGAAGCCGCCGGCCCCUAAGAAUACUCAAGACAGAAUGAUUCAAAAAUCACAAAUGGGUGUGAUUGGGCAGAUGUCCACAAACCUGUCCAGCCCAAAGCAGCUGAGAUAUGAAGAUGUUGUGAACCAGUCAAGUCCUCAGAACUGCACUGUAUACUGUGGUGGCAUCCAGUCAGGGCUCUCUGACCACCUUAUGCGGCAGACGUUUUCACCUUUUGGUCAAAUAAUGGAAAUCAGAGUUUUCCCAGAAAAAGGCUAUUCUUUUAUCAGGUUCUCUUCCCAUGAAAGUGCUGCCCAUGCUAUUGUGUCAGUGAAUGGAACAACCAUUGAAGGACAUAUUGUGAAGUGCUACUGGGGCAAAGAGUCACCUGAUAUGGCAAAAACUGUCCAACCUGUAACAGAACAACAGGUGGAUUAUGGACAAUGGGGACACUGGAAUCAGGUGUAUGGAAAUCCUCAGCAGUAUGGCCAGUACAUGACAAAUGGAUGGCAAGUGCCUUCCUAUGGAAUGUAUGGACAGACAUGGAAUCAGCAGGGCUUUGGAGUGGAACAAUCACAGUCUCCUGCCUGGGUGGGAGGUUUUGGGACUCAGCCCUCUCAGGCACAGCCUGGCCCUGUGAUGAACCAGGCUAACUUUGGCAUGGCUGGCUACCAGACACAGUGAUUUGUUUGUCACUGUCCAACAUCUUAGUCAUUUUUUUUGUGGGAGCCCUCUUCCCCAUGUGAGGAGGGAAUAAAGAGACUAAUAGAAGUCAUUGACUUUUUCCCAGAAAACAUGCAGAACUGACCUGAAUCAGGGUUUAAGUGCAAAGAAGCAAAUUUUGAUUAUAGAACGCCUUCAGCAGGAAACUGAAUUUAUUUGCGAAAUUUAUUUUCAUUGUUUUAAUGGAGUCGGACAUAAUAAACUGUACAUUUUCCCCUCCAUCUGUAUUCAACAAUAUAUUUGCUUAUUGCCAAUUACAGGACGUGCACAGGUACAUUGCAAAACGCUGUACAUGAUCUAAACACAAUGCAUUUUAAACAGUUUAAUUUCUGCCCUUCCAAAUAGCUGACGUGUUUGCUUGUUAGUUACACAAUGGACUUCAAAUUUUGUACCUAAAGAAGCAAAACAACCAUUCUGAUACAGUAAACAAAUGUAAGUAAAGGCACUUUUUGGGGUUCAUCGGACCUGUGUCUUGUAAAUGUUUAAGUGUAAAUGAAUUUCUAUGUGCAGUUGUGUAUAUUUAAUUCACAUUAGCUCCUCAUUUCUCUCCAAAUUCUAGAGUUUGAUACAGCGUGUAUGAUGUAAUCUUUUUACUCUGUUUUACCGACAGUGAAAUCUCGUUCAUUUUAAAGAAAGGGUUGCUCUGUCUGAUUAUGUAAAUAACCUUUGAUAACUGGGUAUGGAAAAGGGUUUUCAGCACAUCGUCCUUUUUUUUCUGGAUAGAGCAGAAACAGCGCUGCUCUUGAUAGACACAUGUUUGUGUGGCUGACAUGCUGAAUUCACUCAGUGUUAUAAAGAAGCCUUAAUUUGCAGUCACACAGUUUCAGUUUUACUGAACUGAGACCCUUGUAGAAAGAUGUAUUGUUUGUUUUUAGACCCUACAGUAGAUUUACUCUCAUUUGCAGUUUUGACAAAUAUGCGUGCCAUGUUCUCUAGUAGCCAGACAAAUGAGAUUUGGGGAUUUUUUUUUGGAGGGGGGGAACUUUGUAGAUUUGAAAUGCAUGUUUCAAAUCACAUUUGUUGAGGUUGCUUCAGGAACCGAAUGUAAUAGGUAAAAUGUUUGAAUGCAGCCUAGCAUUUGAUAAUUUUAAGUCUAAAUGAGUCAAUAAAUGAACCGUUGGACUAGGAA